GAACUGGAAAGUUUAAUAGAUCGUUAUCUGAUUGACAGUAACAUUUUAUAGAAUAUCGUGAACCUUAAAAAUGUGAUUUGCAUGAUUUCGGCCGAUAAGCGAUACGGGAGUUACGUCAUCUACGCAUAUGUAAAAGAAAUAAUGGCCUCCGUCUCGGCUAAAAAGAAAACAAGUGAAAUAUGGAAAUUUUUUGAUCCGAUAGACGAAAGUCAUGCAAUAUGCACUAUGUGUAAAUCAAAACUUUCAUAUAAGACGAGCUCGUCAAAUUUAAAAAAGCACAUGCAAAAGAAACAUCCUAGGGUCACAAUCACUUUUUUGGAAAGCAAGAGGUCAACAGUGGUAGCCCAACAUAAAGAAAAUGGCCAGAAUAACGAAAGUAUUGAUAACGAUCGUCCAUCUACUUCAGAAAUUUCAUCACUUAAUUCCGUGGAAGGUCGAACGGCUUUAGUCAAAAGUUCAACAAAUAAGUCACAUCAGAUCAAACCAGGAUCGACAAUUAGUUCCGUGUGCCUCCAAAAAUAUCUGUUAGAAGCAAAGACAAUUUAGGUAAAAAGUUGCUUGGCUUAUUUAUUAAAGACCUUCAACCUUUUUCAUUAG